AGUCCAGUCAACAACAAUGGCGAUUGCACAGGAAAAAACAGACAAUUUUGAUGAUUUAUUGACGUGUACCAUAUGUUUGGAGACCUUUACAGCACCAAAAUAUUUACCUUGUCUCCAUACGUUCUGCAAGACAUGUAUUAACACGUAUAUUCUGUCUACCGUGGACAAUGAGAAAACUAAAACGUCUUUUAAGUGUCCGAUUUGCCGACAGAAUGUUUUGAUGGGUGUGUCAACAGAUAAUCCGGAUGCAUGGGCUGAAAAACUACCAAGUAAUCAUUUCGUUGCUUCAAUGAUGGAUAGACAAGCAAUUAGAAGAAGCGAAAAAAUGUGUGAUUCGUGUAAAAUAAACAAUAAAUCAGAACUUGCAUUGUCUUGGUGUCCAGUAUGCGAAGAGGCGUUCUGCAAGGCAUGCGAAAUAUGCCAUAAAUCUUUUAAGAUUAGUGCAAAACACCCGUUAGUAUUACUGAAGGAACUUUCAACGACGAACGAAACGGCAAACAUUUCAACAAUACUAUGCUGUGAGGAACAUGCGGGAGAGAUAAUUAAGAUUUACUGUGUUCAACAUAGUAAACCCUUAUGUACAGUAUGUGUAACGUUAGAGCAUAGGAAAUGCGAGGAAGUAAUUACGAUUGAGAACGCAGCUUCAGGUAUCAAGGAUACUAAGCAAACAGCACAAUUUUUAGAAAAUCUAAAAUAUAAGAGAGAAGUAUUGAAGGCUUUAAUUAAAAAUCGCAAAGGACUGUUAGCAAAAUCUAAGAAUGAAGCAACCGAAAUUCAGGACAAAGUUAAACGUAUUAGACAAGAUUUAUUCAAACAUAUCAGUGAAAAAGAAGACGAAAUUAAAAGGGAAAUAUCUAAAUCUCAAAAACAGAUAGAGUUAGUCGAAUCAAACGAUACAGCAAAAUUAGAAAGCUUCGAAAGUACAAUAGUUAACUGGAUAUCGCUAACGGAAACCUGUUUGAAACACGGUUCUGACCAGCAAUGUCUGUUUGAAAUAAAUAAAAUUUGUGCCAACAAAGCAACCUUCGAUGAAGACUUUUCACAAAACAUUUCUAAAAUCAAGGAUAUGACCAUCAAUUUCACAGAUGACAAAGUUUUCGUGCAAUUUCGAGAUAAAAUCAGUUCUCUUGGUCAAAUCAGCAUUUCCGAGAGUAAAUUAGCCAGUGCUUAUUAUCCCACAGGCAUAAAUCAAACUUUCAAUUUUCGAACCGGAGAUGUAAAACGUUUGCAAACUAUUCAACUACCACGUCAACAUUGUCAUACUAGUGGAAUAUUCUUCGAGACGGAAUUAGUGUUUGUCCAGUAUCAUGACUCUAAGGUGCUAAAAUGUAGUCAAAACGGAUCCACUAUUUCCACACUUACUCUCCCCAAUAAAACGUAUGAUAUUUCACCGAUGGACAAACCCAGAGCCGUGGUGUCGACAGCAGAAAAGUCAAUUUUUAUUAUAGAUAUGAAAAAAAUGAACUCAUUACAAACAAUUGCCAUUGACUCUGAAGUUUGUGGUAUAGCAUACACAGACGAUAUAUUCAUUGGUGCGAACGAUACAUUCAUUACAUGGAUUAAAGCCUCAUCAGGAGCACGAAUACGCACAAAACCAACACGCGGCGAUGCCUGGUUUGUUUGGGCAGGCAGCAAAGACAAUUUCAUCUGCGGAAAUGGGACUCACGAAAUAAUGAUUUCAAAACCUAGAAAUGAUACAAUAAUAUAUAGCAAUACAAAACUUUCAGCGCCUAGAGGUAUUGCUAAGGAUUGUGAUGAAAACAUAUAUAUUUGCGGACAUGAUUCAAAAAACAUACACCAACUUUCAAAGGAUGGCAAACUAAUUCGAAUAUUUGACGCCAAUGCAAUUGAAUUAGAAAAACCAUGGGUGAUUCGAUUCAAAAACAACAGCAGCAUGUUUUUCGUCACUUGUUUUGAUACGGGGAAAGUAGCACUCUGUGAAUUUUCUUAAGGCAUUUCAA